AUGAUAGAAUUAUUUGAUCUCGAUUCUCUGUCCACCGUCGUCGUGACGGCCAUCGGUCUGCUAGCUGCGUACUUUCUGAACCUGCACAGCAAAUCAGUGGCCCCCCUCCUCACCUACUACCCCUCCCAAUUCAACCUGGAUGUCCUCAGCAAUUGCGACCUGCUCCUCAAACCUUAUGUCCCAACAUUUCUUUGGGGUAAGAGUGGUCAUGUUCAGACAUUCCUGUAUGGCAAGAUGGGGCGGAUCAACUCUCCCUACCCACUAGGGGACAGGCAUUCGUUCGUCAUGGAGGACGGGGCCACGAUGACCUUUGACAUCUUUGCACCUAUCUCUAACAUUAAUAAAAAGUGUGUGCUGCUGGUGUGUCCGGGCAUAGCAAACAGCAGUGAGAGCCUGUACAUCCGGACGUACAUAGAUUAUGCACAGAGAAUGGGCUACAUGCUGGCCGUCUUGAACCACCUGGGAGCUGUCAAGUCUGUCGACCUCACAGCUCCUCGUCUCUACACUUAUGGCGACACGGAGGAGUAUGCGAAGAUGGUGAAGGAGGUGGGUCUGCUCUACCCCGACUACAUGUUCAUUGCGGUUGGCUUCAGUCUCGGCGCGAACGUCGUCAUCAAGUACUUUGGGGAGGAUGUGUCGAGGCAGGAUGGUUUCGUGGGGGCUGUCUCUUCCUGCCAGGGAUAUGACAUCCUCAGGUUGGCAGCUCGCCACUUUUUUCAUCAUUGGAAGCAGUUGAGGAGGUUGUACAUCCUGGCCAUGACCAGACACCAACAGGGCAUUCUCAGGAGGUCUGCAUCAUCUCCUAUGAACAAUCUUCUUUCACUCUAUUUUUUUGACGUGAAGGCCCUGAUGAGUGCCACCACCCUCCACCAGAUCGACGAACUCUACAGUCACAAGAGGGCGGGGUUCAAUUCCUGUGAGGAGUAUUAUCAUUGGGCCAGUUCCUGCAACUACAUUGAUAAGGUUCGCUUACCGAUGCUGUUGUUGAACGCGGCCGAUGAUCCCAUCGUCCCAAAGGAGGUCCUGCAAGUUCCUCACAGGAUUGCUUCCGAGCACAGGAAUGUCAUCUUCGCCCUGACUGCUCACGGAGGGCACCUGGGAUAUUUUGAAGGAGGGCUGAUCAUUCCGAACACUGUGACCUGGCUGGACAAGGUGGUUGUUGCGUACUGCGAUGCCCUGCUGCACGUCAUCACAUUGUCACCUCCGUCGUCGUCGUCGUCGUCAUCAUCCACCAAGCGACCCAACCAAGCUGAUGGCGAGGACAACAAAUCUGACCUGAAUGGAGCCAACCACGUAGUCACUAGCAAAGAGGAUGGGAAUAGGAAGGAUGACGUCAUCGUAUCAGAUGUCAUCGGUUUAAGUGAUUCAGUUGUGUGA